GCAUGUUACACUUAUCUAUACAAUUCCAUGUUUGGAGAUAUAAAGAUUAAGAAUUUGAGGCCGGCGUCUUCCUGUCAUGGCAAUUGAAGCAGUAAUAGAGUAUUUAACAAUAUCGCUGUUGUUGAACUUCAAAUCAUUCCUAAUAAGCAAACCACUUAUUCUAAAAGAAAAAAAAAAGGGAAAUGGGCCGAUUUAAUAAUCAUGCAAGAUGUAAGUGCGUUGGAUGUCUUUUGUUCAUAAAGCAAGCCAAGCCACCGAAAUAGACAAAUCCACUAAAGUUGGUGGAAAUUUUGUUGAUGUAAAAGAAAGCAAGUAAAGCAAAGUUGAUAUAUGCUACAAAGUUUAUCAAACCCACCUUGUGCUGUCGGAAAUAAUCAACAGCUACGGCUUCCUGUCCAUCUUCUUCGUUGAAGUGGUAUGUAUCAAUUGUCUGGUGAUGGAGGUUAAAUGGGUCGGUCCAUAAUUGAAUCGUAGUGUUUGAACUGUUACGUUCUUAAGUAAAAAGAAUUGUGUCCCGACUAAUGGCUAGAGCUUUUGGCUUAUUGAGGCUAUUUGAGAAGCUGAAUUCUGUUCAAAUUCUGGGCUACUUUCGUGGGAGAGAUUUCCAUGAGAAGCUACUGAAGAAAUUAAAGAGGAAGCUGAUGAACAUCAAUGCUGUGAUAGAUGAUGCAGAACAAAAACAGUUAAGUAAUUCAUUGGUUAAAAAAUGGCUUGAUGAGGCUAGAGGGGUGUUGUAUGAUGCAGAGGAUCUGUUGGAGAAAAUAGAUUACGAACUCUCCAAAAGUGAGUUGAAAUCUGGCUUCCAGACCAGUGAAAGCAAGGAACGCAGUUUUGAAUCCAAGAUGAGAGAAGUCCUAGAUGAUCUAGAUUCUCUCUCAAACCAACAGAUUGUUAAAGAUUUCAAAAUUUCUAGUGGUGAUAUAUCUGGGUUGGGUAAUGAAGUGUUGGAGAAAAAAGUUGAAUCCUCAUCCUUGGUGGCUGAAGAUCAUGUUAUGUAUGGCAGAGAUGAGGACAAAGAAGUGAUCUUUAGUUGGCUGACAUCUGACACUAAUGGUAAUAAACUGUCAAUACUUUCUAUUGUGGGUAUGGGCGGGGUGGGUAAGACCACACUUGCUCAACAUGUAUACAAUGACCCAAAGACGAAGGAAGCUAAAUUUGAUGAAAAAGCUUGGGUUUGCGUUUCGGAUGAAUUUGAUGUUUUUACAAUGUCCAAAGCAAUUAUCGAGGCUUUGUCUAAAUCAAAAUAUGAUACAGGAGACUUAGAAAUGGUUCAUGGAAAAUUGAAAGAAAAGUUGUCAGGAAGAAAGUUUCUUCUAGUUCUGGAUGAUGUUUGGAUCGUAGACCCAAACCAAUGGAAAGCAUUGCAAACUCCUCUUACGUGUGGAGCUAUGGGAAGUAAAAUUCUUGUCACAACACGCGGUAACGUAGUUGCUUCUAUCCUGCAGUCAGAUUACAUACACCAACUAAAGCAAUUAAAUGAAGAUCACAGUUGGCAAGCUUUUGGUAAACAUGCAUUCCAAGAUGGAAACUCUAAGUUGAAUUCUGAGUUGAAAGAGAUUGGCAAGAAGAUAGUUGGAAAGUGCGCAGGAUUGCCUCUAGCCCUUCAAAUGGUAGGAUGUCUUUUACAGUCAAAGUCAUCUGUUUCAGAGUGGGAAGCUGUAUUGAGAAGCUCCAUAUGGGACUUAACGAUAGAAGAAGAUAGUACAAUCUUUCCCGUUUUGUUGUUGAGCUAUUACCAUCUUCCUUCCCAUCUCAAGAGAUGUUUUGUUUAUUGUGCAUUGUUCCCCAAAAACUAUGAGUUUGAUAAGGAGAGCUUAAUUCUCUUGUGGAUGGCUCAAAAUUUUCUACAGUACUCUCAACAAAGUCAGUCUCCAGAAGAAGUAGGUGAACAGUACUUCAAUGAUCUGUUAUCAAGGUCAUUCUUUCAACAAAUAAUUAGGUACAACAAAACAUAUUUUGUCAUGCACGACCUUCUCAAUGAUUUAGCAAUAUAUAUGUCUGGUGAAAUGUGCUACAGAUUAGGUGUUGAUAGAGUAGAAACACUAUCAAAGAAAACCCGUCACUUUUUAAUUGUAAGAGGUUCUAAAUAUUCUACGAAUUUACAUGAUGCUAAAGGGUUACGGACAUUUAUAUCUUGUCGGUGGCACCGUUAUAUGUCAAUACAAGAGGUUAUCUCUAACUUUAAGUCAUUACGAGUCUUAUCAUUGCAUCUGUGUUUUGAGGUGCCUGACACUAUUGGCGAUCUUACACAUCUCCGUAUAUUAGACCUUUCACAUACGUACAUAGAGAGACUUCCCGACUCAAUAUGUUCACUGCGUAACUUGCAAGUGUUGAAGCUGAACGAUUGUACCUGUUUGAAGGAGUUGCCCUCGACUUUGCAUGAGCUCACCGAUUUGUGCCGCCUUGAACUUAUGGAAACUACUUUAACAAAGGCUCCACUGCUUUUAGGAAAGUUGAACAAUCUUCAAAUAUGGAUGAAUAGUUUUGAUUUCAGUAUUCAAGAACUACGAGAACUUGAUCUUCAUGGAGAGCUGUCAAUUAAAAAUCUUGAAAAUAUCCUAAAUCCCGGUGAUGCAUUGGCAGUGGAUUUCAAGAAUAAAACACAUCUCGUGAGGCUACAUUUAGAAUGGAAUUUAAUGCAAAACAAUGAGGAUUUAACGAAAGAAAGAGAAGUACUUGAAAAUCUGCAACCUUCUUGCCAUUUGAAGGAGUUGUCAAUGGAUGGCUAUAGUGGCACACGAUUUCCCCAUUGGUUAUCUGAUAAUUCUCUAUCGAAUGUGGUGUCCUUAACCUUGAAGCGCUGUAAACAAUGUCUGUGGUUGCCUUCCCUUGGACUUUUGACGUUUCUAAAGCACUUGACAAUUGACGGCCUUGAUUUGAUAGGAAGGAUAGAUGCUGAUUUCUAUGCAAAUAGCUCUUCUGCAUUUGCAUCCUUGGAAACAUUGAGCUUUACUGAUAUGAAGGAAUGGGAAGAAUGGCAAUGCAUGACGGGUGCUUUUUCGAAUCUUCAAAGUCUUACGGUGAAGAAUUGUCCCAAGCUGAGAGGGAACUUGCCAGAGCAAAUUUCUCAUUUAAAGGAGCUAACUAUUGAACAAUGCCAACAACUUGUGGCUUCAAUUCAAGAUGUGAAGAUGGAGCAAUCUUCAGUUGAUGUGAUUAGGUCAGUGGUAUCUGAUACACCUUUUAAAUUCUUGAGUAUUACUUUUUGUCCUGGGAUGACUAUUCCCAUAUACCAAACCUACCAUUUCCUUCUAGAAUUGCGUAUCAUUCAUGGCUGUGACUCUCUCACGACCUUCCCUCUAGAUUUGUUCCCGAAACUGUGCAAGCUCGAGUUGGGCGAGUGUCGUAACCUACAAAUGAUAUCGCAGGAGCACCCUCAUAUUCAUUUGAAGUUUCUGAAAAUUGAAAAAUGCUAUGAAUUUGAAUCAUUUCCCAAUGAAGGACUAUUUGCACCUGAGCUAAAGAGAUUUCAGAUUUUGGGAUUGGAGAAAUUGAAAUCAAUGCCCAAACGAAUGUCUGCUUUACUUCCGUCUCUUAAUGACAUGUUGAUAUCUAACUGUCCAGAAGUAGAGUUGUCAGACAGAAGUUUGCCAUCAAAUCUAAAAUGCAUGAGUCUCUGGAGUUGCUCCAAACUUGUUGCAUCACUAAAGGGGGCAUGGGGAACUGAACCUUCCCUAUGAUCCUUGUAUAUUCGUGAAGUGGAUGCGGAGUGUUUUCCAGGAGAAGGUUUGCUCCCACACUCUCUUACUCAGCUACUCAUAUAUGAUUGUCCAAAUCUUAAGAAACUAGACUACAAGGGUCUCUGUCAUCUUUCCUCUCUUGAGAAAUUGGAACUUAGUAAUUGUCCUAUACUCCUAUCCUUGCCAGAGGAGGGUCUGCCCAAAUCCAUUUCAGAACUCAAAAUUGAAGACUCUCCAUUGCUCAAACAGCGCUGCAAGAACGAAGAAGGUGAAGACUGGGAAAAGAUUGCUCACAUUAAAUCUAUAUGGGUUGACGGAGAACAAGUAAACAUAAAAAGACGAAGCAAAAGUUGAAAAUUACUACAGCACCAAUUCUCAUAUGCCUUCAUUGUCAUCAGAUUGAAAAGGUAGCAAUCAGAGCAGUGGUGAUUCAAGAUUUUAAAAUUGACUGGGACAUAGGAGAUGAUUCAAUAUCCAUCUCUUUGUUGGUAUGUAAGUAGGUUGACUCUAGUAAUUGUAUUUUUGGACCUUGUUUGAAUUCCUUUAUAUUCAAGCUCUCUUACUCUAGUAAAGUGUUGAUUCUUUUCUCUAAGCAUAAUGAGAAAUUUCCUUUCAAACCUUUUGUUUACAUCUUCGGUUUUUGAAUUCUAAUGGUGGAGCAGACCCAUCUUCCGUUGCUAAAACCUAUUGUUGCCAAAUUAGGUAAUUAUCAUCAUAAAGUUUCAGAUUAUAGAUGUGUUGAAAGUACGAGGAAGAUAAGAAGAAUGAGUAAAAAGGGAUUCUUGAUGUAAAGCAGCGGAAGAAGAAGAAGACAUGAAAAA